CUUCUUGUAACCACGCGCAAGGUUCGAAGUGAUGCUGUUUCUAUCGAAACAAAGAAUUCAGUAUACAAUUGGUGGACAUCGCCACACAAUGCCAGACCCACUGGAAACAAAAUUGAUAUAAAGAGGAAAAGAACUGGCUUAAGAACAUACGUAAGCCACCCAAUCCUUAUCCUAGAGAAAACACAGACAGAAAUAUAUAUUGAAUUUAAAACGAAAAACCCGCACAUCAAGAUAAGCCAACGAGUUUUUGAAAAAAUACGACCUUACUUUGUUCGCCAAAUGCGAGCGAAAGAUCGGAAUACAUGUUGCUGUCGGAAACACGUCGAGACACGGAUGCUAUUUCGAAGAUGUAUGGAUUUCCGUAGGAAGGUAACAAACGGAAACGAUUCAGACGAAAACGAAGACGACAACAGUUACCCAGUGUAUGAACAUUUAAGCGAUAUUGUCGAUGCAACAUUGUGUGCAAAAGGACAGAACCCCUACCACAAAUUGAAUUGUUUAGACAGGAAGUGUCAAAGUUGCGGUGUUAAAACUUUAAAGCUCCUUCCGGCAGAAACCAAUGACGCAGGAAAUAUAAUCUGGGAACGGUACGAAUACAAAGAAAUCGCUGUGAAGGGAGGUGGCAAGCGACGAAAACUCAUGCUGAUUAAGCAAUCAACAUCUCCCGCAGAAAUGAUUCAAUAUUUCCUUAGUAUGUUGGAUACCUUUGCAUCACACCAAUUCCGGGCAUCCUGGCAGCUAAACCAACUGAAUUCAUUGAAAGAUGAUCUUCCACCAAAAGCUUGUCUAGUGAUUCACGACUUUAGUGAAAAUUAUCGUUGCAUUGAAAAAGACGAACUGCAAUCAUCUUACUUUUCCAAACCGGAAGUUUCCAUACACGUUUCCGUUAUAUACAGAUACGGAGUUAUUGAAUAUGACCAAGUUGAUGAAGAAGAAAUUGUCUCUGAAAUUUUGUUUGUGGUCAGUGACGAUUUGACUCUUGACCAACAUUUUGUGCAUCGCGUGCAGAAAGAAAUCAAAGACCAUCUGGAUAACAUACACUAUGAAGUAGAUUCCAUGAUAGAGUUUACCGACGGAUGUUCCGCGCAAUAUAAAAGCCGCCAUUGUAUGGGCAUGUCAUCUUUCGUAUGCUCCGAAAUGGGAUACGAGAAAUUUCAAAGAAACUACUUUGAAACUUCGCAUGCUAAAGGCCCACAGGACGCAGCCGGAGGGCUUCUUAAACGAAUGCUUGACCAAGCGGUAAUGAAAGGAACCACAAUUCAGAACGGGUCUGAAGUCUACAAUUAUGCCUCGAAGUAUCUAGAUAAACCCAAAGGUGGUGUAUACAGAAGGAGAAUAUUCCGUUAUGUUGAUGAAAUUGAUCGAUCGGCACCGAAGACAUUCAAGCCUGUCGCAAACAAUAGGAAAAUACAUCAAAUAUUUUCAAACAAGGACGGCGAAAUUUUAGUGAGAGCACAUUCCUGCUACUCAUGUGACAGUUGCUUAAAUGGGUUGCCGUUAACUUGUAUGAACACUGACUAUACUGGAACUAAUCGCUUGAUAAAGGUACAGGCAGAACUAGGAGGACCACAAGGCACUGUCGAUGUAGCGGAGAAUGAAGACCAGGACACUGACAUAAAAGGCAUGCUAACGACAGGAGACAUAAUAGCCGUGUUUACUGAAGAUGUUACCAGUGACUAUUAUCUGAUUAAGGUAACAAGUCCUACGCAUAAGCUGAUCAGAUGUACGGAGGAUGACUGGGGGAACAAUUUCCAGCGUGGAUCGGAGGUAAUAGAGGGCCACUAUUUUGACCAGCUGGACGCUUUCCCUUUGAGAUACAAGCUUCGGAGGGGCAAAGUAGCUAUUGUGUAUGCUGUGGCAGCAGUGUAUAUUUUGACGGACAGCACGAUGAAAUAUAACAAGUUACAGCUGAAGGAAGAAGAACAUCUAGAUAUUUUAGCCUGUGUAAAUGUGAUAAGCGAAACGUAAAUUGUACGUUAUACAAUUACAUAUUGGUAUAUAUGUCUCUCUGUCUCUGUCUCUCUGUCUCUCUAUCUCUUUAUUCC